AUGUUUAAAUGCAAUCAAUGUUCAUCGGUUUUCACAGCGAAACAUAAUUUGAAAAUCCAUCAAAAGAAACAUGUAGGUCUGCGGUUCUCGUGUACCUUUUGUCCAUCGACAUUCUCUUAUAAGACCGGUCUCAACAAACAUAAAAAGAACUUUCAUGGUGUAGUUAACGUAUCCGCUCAUCAACCCGCUCAACCGAUUGCUACACCGAUUGUUAGAGAGAGCGUUAUAAAGUACGCGCCACCAGCUAUUCCACCUCAGGGGAGUAUCCAGAUUGCACCUCAAAUUUUUGUUCCCGAUACACCAGCUAGUGGUUCGAAUACAUCGACUGACAUUUCUCUAUCUGAUGAUGAUAUUUGUAUGACAGCUAUGGACGAAUAUGAAAAUGAAGAAGUUCAAGACGCUAAUACAGGUUAG